GGAAUUUCAAACAAUAACACUUCGUACGUGUACAACUUACAUCUACACACAUAUAAGCACAUGUACAUAGAGAUUCGAAAUUUCAAUACAGAGAGCUAACUCGAAGCCUAAUGAAAAGGACAAAAAGCUCACAUGACCCGAACCAUAUCAUUCAUGGGCCCCUACGCAUUACUCGGUACCAAUCUCUCUCUUAAGUCUUGAAACUCUGUCAAGAAUCUCAAGCCACCAUUUUUUUCUCCAUCCUCUAAAGAGAUAGAGAGAGAGAUCCUCUUGUUUGGCAAGAAUCCAUUUUGAGUUCCAAGUCCCGAUUUGCUUUGAUAUUUUUCUCUUUCCUUGAAUUCAUUUGAGAGUCAACGCGAAGAUAGUCAUAUAUGUAUACAGUUUGGUUUGAAUUCUAGGGUUUUCAUAUUCCCCUAAAUUUUGUGGUGAAAGAAGAAAGCAAAGAGAACAAAGAGAACCAAGAAGAGAAAGACAACUUCAAUUUCAACCUCUCUCUCUCAUAUUAUAAGAUCUCGAGUUGCGUCAUCAUCAUCAUCAUCAAUGACUAUGAACAACUACAGCUACAAUUCAUCAAUUCAAGAACAGCAAGGGAAAGAUUUAAUCAUCAUCAAGAUUCACUAAGAAACAUCUCAAGAAAAGGAAGAAAGAUUGAGUCCAAGAACAAGAACAAGAACAAGGAGGUAUUAUUCUUGAUCAAGAAUCAAUAAUUAAGAUCCAUCUCAUAAAUCUCAAGAUAAGGAGCUUGGCAAGAACAACAACUAAAAAGGUUUAAUAUCUUGAUUCAAGAAACCACCUAGCCAAAAUCAAGAUUUCUCCAAGGAAAAUCAUAUAAUACCUUAUGGAUCUAUCCCUAGCUCCGACCAGCUCCGACCAAGAACAAGACAAAGACCAAGAGUUAGCCUCCAACAUCGGAGCAAGCAGUAGCUCCGGCACCGCAAACAACACUAACUUCCCGAUGAUGAUGAUCCCGCCGCCGGAAAAAGAACACAUGUUCGACAAAGUGGUAACACCCAGCGACGUCGGAAAACUCAACCGACUAGUAAUCCCUAAACAACACGCGGAGAGGUAUUUUCCACUAGACUCAACAAACAACCAAAACGGCACGCUGUUGAACUUCCAAGACAGAAACGGCAAGAUGUGGAGAUUUCGUUACUCGUACUGGAACUCAAGCCAGAGCUACGUGAUGACCAAAGGAUGGAGCCGUUUCGUAAAAGAGAAAAAGCUCGACGCUGGAGACAUCGUGUCUUUCCAACGAGGUAUCGGAGAUGAGUCCCAAAGAUCUAAACUCUACAUCGACUGGAGGCACAGACCGGACAUGAGCCUAGUUCAAGCACAUCAGUUUGGUAAUUACGGUUUCAAUUUCAAUUUUCCGACAACUUCUCAAUAUUCCAACAGAUUUCAUCCGUUGCCGGAAUAUAGUUCUGUCCCUAUUCAACGGAGCUUGAACAUCGGAAACCACCAACGUUCUUAUUAUAACAAUCAGCGUCAAGAGUUUGUAGGGUAUGGUUAUGGGAAUUUAGCUUACUACACGGGGUCACCGUUGGAUCAGAGAAGCAUUGUUGGACCAGAGCCGUUGGUUAUAGAGUCAAUCCCUGUAGUUCCCGGGAGAUUACCUCCGGUGAUGAUGUUGCCACCGCCGCUUCCUCCGCCUCCUUCUACGGCGGGAAAGAGAUUAAGGCUCUUUGGGGUGAAUAUGGAAUGUGGUAACGACUAUGAUCAACAUGAUGAGUCUUUGUUGGUGCCACGUGGAGAAAUGGGUGCUUCUUCUUCGUCAGCUCUCAGAUUCAAUUUAUCGAAUGAUCAUGAUGAUGGUGAUGAUGAUCAAUUUGCUAAGAAAGGGAAGUCUUCGUUUUCUCUAGAUUUCAGUCCAUGAUGAGCUUCAUCAUCCUCUCUUGUCUUUCUUUAUUCUACUACAUUAGUUAAUUUUCAAAUUGGAGUUAGAUUCCAGCUAGUAAGGGGAAGAAAGAUCUCUUCGUUUUUAUUAUUAUUAUGAGUUUUUUUCUCUACAUGUUUCUUGAUGUUCAUCACUAGGCUUUUGUCACCACGUUGAAACUCGCAUAUUUUAAACAUUUGUAUAUAGAAACCUAUUUAUAAAUAUUGUUUACAUAAAAUAACAUGUUGACAUGUCUCAAACUUCGUUUAAUCGUCUCCAUAUUCUUCGAUAAAAUUCUUUGUUUACCAGUCAUCUUCACAAAUUAUACACUAAUCUUACUACUUGGCAAUUUGUGAAACUGCCUUCACUCUUUAGCUAUGGCAUUUCACCAAUCAAACAGUGUUCAUCAUCUCUUUUUUUUUCUUAAAAUUUAGUUCGAGUUUAAAAAUGAUGGGUGGGAAACAAACUUAUAAAUUUCAUGAAUUGUACUCUCUGUGCCUAUCUCCCUAUACUGACAAAGUGUUUCAUGGUACAUUCUAAGCUAAUGGGCAGGUCCAAAAAUGCCUCUCUUUAUUUCUCUCUCUAAUGGUCCUAUUUUGUUUGUUUGGUUACUCUUGCAAUUUUACUCGGUUAAAGAGAUUUUUGCAGGUUAUGGGCAGAGAAAAUAAAGAGAAGCUAGCUAUGGAAGGACUGACUGAUCCAUUUAGUAAUUCAAUUUAUAUUAUAUAAAAACAAAAGGUAUGAUAUGUUUUCACAUUGUUUGACUUUUUAUGAUCACAGAUUCAUUAAUUUCUCCUUUUUCUAAUUCGAGAUUCUUGUUUUAUUAUUAACCGUUGGUCAAUAUAUAUCUUUGUUUGGUUUGGAUUGUAAGUUGAAGUGAUGUUUACCAAAUCAGGUAUCUCGUAGAUCUCACAAACUCACAAGCUCUUUUAGAACGCUAGAACCCUAAAUCAUUUGUCAAGUAAUUACUAUAUAUGCCUUCGAAUAAAUAAAUAAAUAUAUAUGUAGCCACCCUAUACAUACAUAGUACUUACUCAUGAAUGUAUAAAUAGUUUUAUGAAACUUUUGCAUGUAGUCCUUAGAGAAUACAGUUUCCAUCCUAAGAUUCUCAAUUGAUUAUAGCAAUAUUCAUUCGUUGGUACGUGUUUAUAGUGUCAUGUACGACUACUAAUUUCUUGACUACAGAACUUUGUACAUGCAUAAUUAUAGAUUUAUAGUAAAAAUAUGAUCAUAUACAACCAGGGGCGAAGGCAGGUUGGUAGAUCUGGGGGCACGUGCACCCACACUAAUUUUACUAUUUGUAAUUUUCUAUACAAAAUCAUUAAACUUUGGUGAAUGAAAUGGAAAAGGUCAAGGUAUGCACCCAUAAUUAUUCAAGUUCGAUGCCUCUUUUUAUCUUAGUUAUAGUAUUUAGCAAUAGUGUACUCAUUUAAAAAUUAUUCUAGCUUCGCCCCUGUAUACAACAUGCUAAUUAACUACCAGUUCCUAGAUCAUGCUUCGUGCCUUUUAUACGUACAUAUAUUGUGGGCAUGUUUACUAUAAUUAUGCGAAUACGUACAUGUAGGUACAAAUACGUCCGGAAAUUUGAGCGAAUGCGUCCGGAAUACGUGUCUGUAUCAUUUGUGAGCGAAUGAUCCUAGAUAUGAUACAUGUUUAAACAUAACUUUCUAUAAGUACCAUAUACACUGAGGAUCAGAAAUGGGAUUAAGUGUGUGUGUGUAUAAGUACUCUGGGACAGUGAACAUCAAACGGUACGUAAGAUAGACAUAUAUGGCGACUAUAAUAUAUAUAUGGAUUAAUUUAUGUGUAUAGCUAGCUUCACAUAUCUUCAAUAAAUAGGGGAACAAAGUUACAAAGGUGUACACAUAUAAAGUAUAAACACAUUUACAAGCAAAUGAUGGAAUGGAAUAUAUAAAUACGUAUUCCAAAUAGUCUAUGUAUUGAAUAGAUAGAUAUGUCUCAAAAGGUUUGUGCAUAGUUGUCAAAAGUAUAAUAUUUAUAUUCAAAAGAUUUCAUAUAAAAGAAGAUGCAGUGAAAUAAAACUAUUAAAGAGGAUUAUUAGAGAAAAGCAUGAAUGGAAUUAAAAAAUUAUGAAAAUGACUAAAGCACAAAAUAUUGUAAUAUAUCGCUAGCUAGGUAACUAGUUGUGUAAGGAUAAAGAGAAUAAAUGACAUGCUACAAUUAUUGUUGAGUUAAAUAAACAAUUCAUUCUCGUUAGAUUCCUAACCUAAAAGAGACAGGAAAUAUGUAGGCCGGUUAGGGUUUUUUAUAGGCAUGAUUGAUGAUGAUAAGGAAACUUCGUACUGGGGUUAAUGGAUUCUUCCCUUUCUUAUAUAAAAGAAAAGUUGCAUCAGAGUAGAAUCAAAAACCAUACCUCUUGCUGCAACAAUUGCUACGCAAACCACUGAACUAUGUUGAUUAUUCGUUAAACAUUCACAUGUAUUAGUAUAUAUACAUAUAUUUAUAGUUUAAAACGUAUAAAACUAGUUCCCGCGUAUACUCCGCUUAAUCCCCGAUUUUUCGGUAACUCGCUUGGCCCAGGAUUGCUGCCCGACUAGCGUAGUUCCGAACAUGAAUAAAACUUAAUAAUUUCAUAUUUAGAUGUACCAUUCCAUUUUUAAUGGAUACUUGUGUUUUGAAGGGUGACUAUUUGAUUUAAGCCUCAUUUUAAAGCUUGUAUUGUGCAGCCAUGUUGAUUAAACAAAGAAGAAGAGAUUGUUUAUUCUUUGACAUUCUGUUGUGGUGUAGAAAAAUCGAAGAUCCCUCUAGUUUUUCCUAUUUAAUCCAAUUAUAUAAACAUUUUUUUUUUGUUUUGAUGACCGUGGGGUUCUCAGGCGGUAAGCCCAAACUAAUCCCCACGAGGUCUUCCAUCUGGGCACGCACGGUUAUAGGCGGAAAGGUGGCUAAGGCGACUCGAACCCAGGGCGGGCACUCCAGCCGGAGUUCCAAUAGCACUAGGCCACGAGCUCUUGGUUAAUUAUAUAAACUUCAUCAUUGUUGAAAUGCAAUAUAAAGGUUAUUUUAUAAACUUGUGCACCGCAAAUCAUGAAUUAUAUCUGAAAAACAAAUACUACGAUAUAGCAAGUAAUGAAAACCAGUAGACUUUUCAUCAGGUCUGACCAAUUGCAAUAAUUCGGAUUUAAGAAUAUAUCGUUAAAUAAGUUUAGUAAGAUGUGUAAACUAUAAAGUCUAUGUGUUGCUACUAAAGUAAUAACAGUAUCUUUUUAUUCGUUUCAGUUUAUGGAUCUACGCAUUUUAAAAUGUUAGGUCACAGGACACAGAGUUUUUAUUAAUAGAUAAUAAUGUUGAUUCUGUAGACGUAUGUAAUGAUAUUUUAGCCUGGGCUCCGAAACUCUUGUUUAUACUUAAAAAGUAGGCCCAUAUAUAGGCCCAUUAAGGUUUGAAACAAGUCCCCCAGAUCCUGAUCCGGACUCUGGAUCCGAACCCGGUCUCGGAUUCGAAUUGCUUCGCUUCGUCUCGAAAGAAAGAAAGAGAGAGAGAGAGAGGGAGAGCAAUGGCGAGUGAAUACAGAUGCGUGGGAUGUGGGUUAAGGGUUAAGUCAUUGUUCAUUCAAUACUCUCCGGGCAACAUUCGUCUAAUGAAAUGCGGAAACUGCAAGGAAGUCGCAGACGAAUACAUCGAGUGUGAACGCAUGGUGGGUAACGGAUUAUUUUCAUCGAUUUAGUUCUCCACAGACCUAAAGUAUAUAGGCACGUCCUCUACAAUGAAAUUAAUCAAGAAACUGUUAAUAUUCAGGUUCUAGUCGACGUCCUGUCUACAAAUCUUGCAUUUCUCUUCUCUUUUGCCAUUGCUGCUAAGGUUUUGCUACAUGAAGUUUCCAG